UUCAUAUACCAGACGCUCUGCAAGAUAAAACACAAGCUCUACUACAUACAGGGAACAUUAUCAACAUGGGAGAAGAAGCAAAAAGGUAUGCAGUGGUGACGGGAGCUAACAAGGGAAUUUGUUAUGGAAUAUGCAAGAAACUGGGUUUGAAUGGGACAGUGGUGGUGCUAACAGCUAGAAAUGAGAAAAGGGGUUUGGAAGCAGUGGAAAGAUUGAAAGAGUUUGGUCUCUCAGACCUUCUGGUUUUUCAUCAACUUGAUGUCACUGACCCUCCUAGUGUUGCUGCUUUGGCACAAUUCAUCAAAACCAGAUUUGGAAGACUUGACAUCUUGGUGAACAAUGCAGGUGUUCCUGGGGGACUAGUAAAUGGAGAGAAUGUUCUUAGAAAGGUAUGGUUAAUUCCUUUCAUGUCUUUACAAAAACAUGACAACCAAUUACAUUGGUUAGGUGAUAAUUUAGCAUUAGGAAAUUAA